AGGCAUAGAUUAGGGCUUCUUCAAUGAAAGGAGGAGGAGUUAUUUGAUUAGGGCUUGUUCUACAAAAAUAGUCGUUUACGUUGGUAAAUUUGGACGUGGUUUGUGUUAGGCUGUUCCGAUUAGGAUGUGGAUGUACCGCAAUUUUGAUUUGUUGCAUAUGCUUAUUAUCCUCAUUUGAAGCCCGUCACUUUGUCGCCCUGAUCGAAACACAAUUGAAUAACGGUAGAAGCAAAAAACUGCACGUUAAGCCGUUCCUCGAGUUUGUCUCUCUUGCUCUCUUUCUGAGAUAGCUUCUCAAUAAUUUGAUGUAUUGUUCUGUCAUUUCUUGUUAUUGAUUCAUCCGUUGCUUUGUCCAGGCCCACAUUAUUUUGGAGAUUUAGUAAUGGGCAAUGUUGUGUUUUAUGCAUGUAGGUGUUAUGGAUGCUAUAGAUUUAGUUUUAGAUAAUGAAAUAUGAAGUUCUAGAAUUUUUAAAACGAAAAUUGUGGGGAACUCGCACUUUGGAGCUUUACUUUCCUGUUAUUGAGCAAAAUGUUGUGAUUGUCCCAUUAGACACUUUUGUUGGUGGAAAAAGGGGAAACCCCUGGGUGAGUAAUACUUGUGGGAUAGUGUAGAUCCCAGCUCUGUUAUGUUUCCAUAUCUUUCCUUGCAAAUACGUCUUUUGGCAGAUAGAAAUUUGGCCACCUUCCUUUCACGUCUGAGAAGUUAUCCCUGAAGCAGAAAUCUUCUGAAUCAUCAUGUCUUGGUGCACGAUUGAAUCUGACCCUGGUGUCUUUACGGAGCUUAUUCAACAGAUGCAAGUUAAAGGCGUUCAAGUUGAAGAGUUGUACUCGUUGGAUCUUGACUCUCUUAACAAUAUGAGGCCUGUGUAUGGGUUGAUAUUUCUAUUCAAAUGGCGUCCAGGGGACAAAGAUGAUCGUCUUGUUAUUAAGGAUCCCAACCCAAAUCUAUUUUUUGCGAGUCAGGUAAUUAACAAUGCUUGUGCAACUCAGGCAAUCUUGUCUAUUCUGAUGAAUUGCCCGGAUAUCGACAUUGGCCCAGAAUUAUCCAAGUUGAAGGAUUUUACGAAGAACUUCCCCCCAGAACUCAAAGGUCUGGCUAUUAAUAAUAGUGAAGCUAUACGUACCGCCCAUAAUAGUUUUGCAAGACCAGAACCCUUUGUUCCUAAUGAACAAAAAGCUUCUAGCAAGGAUGAUGAUGUGUUCCAUUUUAUAAGCUACUUACCUAUCGAAGGGGUACUUUAUGAACUUGAUGGGUUAAAGGAGGGACCUAUUAGCCAUGGCCCUUGCCCAGGCAGUCCAGGUGAUCUAGAGUGGCUGAAGAUGGUUCAGCCCGUGAUUCAAGAACGCAUUGAAAGGUACUCAAAAAGUGAGAUAAGAUUCAACCUCAUGGCCAUAAUUAAGAAUAGAAAAGAAAUGUAUACUGCUGAGCUUAAGGAGCUCCAGAAGAAGAGAGAGCGCAUCUUGCAGCAGUUGGCUGCCUUGCAGUCAGAAACAAUGUUGGAAAAUAGCAAUAAUGAGUUCCUAAACAAAUCGCUAUCAGAAGUAAAUGCUGGGAUUGAGGGUGCUACAGAGAAAAUAUUGAUGGAAGAAGAAAAACUCAAGAAGUGGAGAACUGAAAAUAUCAGAAGGAAACACAAUUACAUACCCUUUUUGUUCAACUUCCUGAAGACUCUUGCGGAAAAAAAACAGUUGAAACCCCUUAUCGAAAAGGCUAAACAGAAAAGUAGUGGCCCCAGAUGAAGUUUGCUUCUUAUGGGUCACUAUUGUAUUGUCGUUUGUAGGUAGUGUACCUUUUUGGUGUUCUUACCUUACGCUAUAGAUUAUCUAUCGAACUCCUUGUCUGGUGUCAAUGUGUACGAGGAUCUAUUUAUUUUUUGAAUGUACACUUGAUGAUCUUCAUGUUUUUAUUACUCUGGUGAAAAAAGGUCUCUACACUUGAUCUUCGUCUUUUAA